AUGUACGCACCACCGCUACCGCUGGCGCUUGGGCACGUGCCCAUCGAUAUGGAUCGAUCGAAACCAGAGUUAGGAGCUCUCGAAGCGUCAUUGCUUCAGAUGAUCUACGAUCAUCACCAUACCUCUCUCAAACUCCGCGAACACACCGAGAAGGCGAAGAAAAAUGCGAUUCGGAGUGCGAUGCGUGUAUCGGAUGUGUUGGUGGAUGCUGUGAACGGAGGUGUGCAAGAGGCUUUCAUAAAUGAGAAGCGGAUCGAACUCGAAAUUCGAGCAUUGGCUGCCACAAUUAUGCGAUUCAGAAAGCAAACCGAUCAGUGGCUUGCCGCUUCUCAUGCCAUCAACACUGCAAUCAAGGUUCACAACCCCUUACCUUCUCCUCCUUUCCGUUGGUUUCAUUCCUUUACAAUGUCUAAUCUUUUAAUCAUAUCUCGUUUCCACACAGUAUGAUAGCUUCUACAUUGUAAAGAAUAUGUCAGUAUAAAGCUCAAUUGUCCACUACUGGUUAAUUGAUGGUUCUUCACAGCUGCAACGAAUGUAUCGAUCUGUUUAUUAUCAGAAAAAAAACUAAAAUCUAUAAUUUUUGAGCUGGAAUCUAUAGUUUGUCAGACACAGAUGCAACAAACAAUGGCAUAAAUUGUGUUUGCUAAUGUUCAUUUGCUCAUCUGAAUCAUUGUGAUUCCACUGGAGAUGAAGGAAAAGCUAAUCAAAUUGUUGUAGCUUACUUAUGUUUGUUACGUAGUGCAUAUGCUCUCGCUGGAGGACAUGAGUUGGGGGUGCCCCAUUUGCGCCUCAUUGCUGGAAGUUUCUCCUGUCUAGGCUUUUAGGGUAUGCUUGAGCAAGAAAUCGAGUAAUUUACUUGUGCAUUCAGGCACAUUACAAAU